GAUUCUUUUUUGGGGGUAAAAUGUCAUUUCUUGGCUUUUCGCCGUUUAUAUAAAAGAUCAAUUUGGUACAUCACACCCAGCACAGCAAUAAUAAUUCGUCAACAAUCGCCUUCUUCUCUCUUCUCGAAUCGCCGUCAACCUCCUCGAAUCUCUGGUUUUUAGUUUUGGAGAAUGGUGUUUUUCCGCAGCUUAUCGGCCUUUACUAGGCUGAGGUCUCGCGUUGGGCAACAAUCUUCCUUCGGCAGUUCGGUCAGAUGGAUUCAGAUGCAGAGCUCCACCGAUAUGGACCUGAAGUCGCAGCUGCAAGAGUUGAUUCCGGAACAACAAGACCGUCUGAAGAAACUGAAGUCAGAACAUGGGAAGGUUCAACUGGGAAACAUCACUGUUGAUAUGGUAAUUGGUGGAAUGAGAGGGAUGACUGGAUUGCUCUGGGAAACCUCACUGCUUGACCCGGAAGAGGGAAUACGCUUUAGGGGCUUGUCAAUUCCUGAGUGCCAGAAAGUAUUACCUGCUGCCCAGUCUGGAGGGGAACCAUUACCCGAGGGUCUAUUGUGGCUUCUUUUAACUGGAAAGGUACCUAGCAAAGAGCAAGUUGAAGCACUGUCAAAAGACUUGGCGAACCGUGCUGCUGUGCCAGAUUAUGUGUACAAUGCCAUUGAUGCCCUGCCUUCCACAGCUCAUCCAAUGACUCAAUUUGCUAGCGGUGUUAUGGCUCUCCAGGUGCAAAGUGAGUUCCAAAAGGCAUAUGAGAAUGGAAUUCACAAGUCAAAGUUCUGGGAGCCAACAUACGAGGAUUGCCUCAACCUGAUUGCUCGUGUUCCUGUUGUAGCUGCAUAUGUUUAUCGGAGGAUGUAUAAGAAUGGCGAUUCCAUUCCCUCGGAUAAAUCUUUGGAUUAUGGUGCAAAUUUCUCCCACAUGUUAGGAUUCGAUGAUGCUAAGAUGAAAGAGCUCAUGAGGCUUUACAUUACUAUCCACAGUGAUCAUGAAGGUGGAAACGUUAGUGCUCACACUGGUCACCUGGUCGGUAGUGCACUUUCAGAUCCGUAUCUGUCAUUUGCAGCUGCAUUAAACGGUUUAGCUGGGCCACUCCAUGGUUUGGCUAAUCAGGAAGUUUUGCUUUGGAUCAAAUCAGUUGUGGAGGAAUGUGGAGAAAACAUAUCGAAAGACCAGUUGAAAGAAUAUGUCUGGAAAACAUUAAACAGUGGAAAGGUAGUUCCUGGAUAUGGACAUGGUGUUCUUCGCAAAACUGAUCCAAGAUAUGUAUGCCAAAGAGAGUUUGCGUUGAAGCAUUUGCCUGAUGAUCCUCUUUUCCAGCUGGUCUCAAAGCUCUAUGAAGUUGUGCCUCCUGUUCUCACCGAACUCGGAAAGGUGAAGAACCCAUGGCCAAAUGUUGAUGCUCACAGUGGAGUGUUGCUCAACCAUUAUGGUCUAACCGAAGCAAGGUACUACACGGUGCUCUUUGGUGUCUCGAGGAGUCUCGGUAUCUGCUCUCAGCUAAUAUGGGACAGAGCUCUUGGACUUGCACUUGAGAGGCCAAAGAGUGUUACAAUGGACUGGCUUGAAGCCCACUGUAAGAAAGCUAUAGCUUCAUCUGCUUAAACAUUACCGGGUCCUGAGGCUUCUCACGCUAUUUAUGCUCCGUUCUCUUCCACACAGAAGAAAAGUUUAUAUAUUGACAGAAGAAAAACGUUGUUCGUGUACAAAUUCUCAAAUUGUUUCUUUUGAGAUUUAUACUUUUCUGCACCUGAGAAACACUUGCAGUUUGCAAAUUUGCAUUCCGGAAAACUCGUGAUAAUAAAUUAACAGUUUUAUUCUAUUUGUUUAAAACCUCUUAUCAUGAAUUUAAAAACUUUUUUUUUCUGA